ACUAGCUCCCCGGUCUUUUUCCCUCCCCGGUAAACUGAAGCUGCAGCCAUGCUGCCUUCCUUUGUUCCGUCUAUCUUCCUCGUCGUGCCGCUCACACUCCUCCUGGAGAGGUGUGGUGCCGCCGACGGCAACACAACUAACGACCUGUACUAAACAUGCUCCACCUCCGGCAACUUCAGCAACAGCAGCCCCUACCAGCUCAACCUCGCCCUGCUUCUCGCCACGCUCCCGUCCAACGCCAUCAACAACAGCGGCAGCUUCAACGGCACGGCCGGUUCGGCCCCGAACGUGGUCUUCGGGGCGGCCAUGUGCCAAGCCGACAUACCGUGGCCGGACCAGUGCAAUAGCUGCCUCCAGGCGGCCACGGCCGGGGCGGCGUCUGCCUGCCCGUUGAGCAAGAAUGCCAGCGCCGUCUACAGGGGCUGCGUAUUCCAGUACUCGGACACGCUGAUCGCCGCCGUCGCCGACACUAGCAUCGCGUACAUCACGCAGAACCACGCGGCCAACGUCCCAGAGACCGUCACCUUCCAGCAGACGCGCACGGAGCUGUUCACGGCUCUGUCCGGCGCCGCCUCGAUCUCGCCCUUGAAGCUCGCGUCGAGCAACCGCACGUUCAACGGCACGCACACGCUGUACGGGCUGGCGCAGUGCAACAGGUACUUGCCGGCCGACGAGUGCUCCAAAUGCAUUAAGUCGCUCGUCACGCUUCUCCCGGCCACAGUGCUUCUGUCGGAGGGGGUGUCUGUUACAGGGUUUAGCUGCUACAUCAGGUAUGACCUGACGCCCUUCGGAAUUUACAACCCCAGUGCAACUGCAGGGGAAGUUCCGGUAGCGGCGCUGCACAACCUAAACGACGGAUCGCGUAUCCACCAAGCCGAGAUUAUUGGCAUCCUUGUUUCCGUUUCAAUUAUAGUUCUGCUUGCGGUGAUCAUGGUGGCGAGACACUAUAUCCGGACAAGAAAACUAGCACAGCUCAAGGAGAUAACUGGACUUAUAGAAUUUUCAUAUCAUCAGAUAAAGCAAGGCACUGAGAGCUUCAAUGAAGAAACAAAUAAACUUGGAGAAGGCGGAUUCGGGCAGGUCUACAAGGGAAAGUUCCAUAUCAAAGGGGAGGAAAUGGAUGUAGCUGUGAAGCGCGUUACUGAUCAAACGGCAGCAAAACAGCUCCUGGAUGAACUAUCAGUUCUCGCAAAACUUGUGCAUAAGAAUGUGGUGCAACUGGUAGGGUUCUGUACUGACGACAUGUGGUCUUGUUUUGGCAAGAAGAAGUUGUAUAUUUGCAACGAACUGAUGAGUAACGGUUCUCUUGACAAACACAUUUUUUUUGAUUCAGAGGAAAAUGGACGUAAGCCUCUAAGUUGGUCAAGUCGCUACGAAAUUAUACGCGGCAUUUGUGACGGCUUGCAAUAUAUACAUGGGUAUUGCAACAAAAAAAUUUCGCACAUGGACAUAAAGCCCAGCAACAUCUUGUUGGAUGAGGGUAUGGUACCGAAAAUUGCGGAUUUCGGUCUAUCAAGAGUGUUUAAGACGAAGGAUAUAAGUCAGAAGGUCACCCAAAACGUGAUAGGUUCACAGGGAUACAUAGCGCCUGAGUACAUUAAUCACGGGAUAGUAGGCCGCAAGUGUGACAUAUACAGCCUUGGUAUCCUCAUCCUGGCGAUAGUUAUGGGAACAGGACCUCAGGGUAGAAUUGAUCCCUGUGGUAAAAUUUUCAUCAACGACAUUCGCCAGAAGUUGGCUGCUAAGGAUCAGAAGCAGCUGUGGCAGGAUGCAUCCCGGGGGGAUGGUGAUUGCCUCGAUGAUGUGAAAAAAUGCAUCGCUUUAGCUCUCAAGUGUGUCGAAGAAGAUCCAAAUGUUAGGCCGACAGCCGAAGCGAUAUGCAUCUACCUCCGCACCAAUGAUUUGGACCCUCGUUACGUCGCAGUACAAAUUGACCAGCAGUAGUCGAUCGGUCUCUCUGUUACGGGUCAGGCUGGAGAAAAAAUUAUAAGACCAGGGAGCUGAUGAUUGCCUCUGGUAUCUAGCCUAUGUUGUGUUUAGUACGUCCAACUCCUCAAAAAAUUGUGGUAUUAUGGUUUGUGUAAUAUCUGAAUUAAGUUCAGCCUUUUUAUUUCUGCUUGUAAUGAGUAAUGCUACUGUUUGCAUGGUUUCAUCAAAGCUAUGAAAUUAAUAUAUUUUCAU